GCGUCGCCGCUUCUCCUACCGCUUGGUGAAACCUCCGGUUUUGGCCCAUCGAAAGGUGCAAAUAGCCCCUUGUUUGUGGGAGUGGGAUCCCGAAACCAACAGCCACACGCACCCAGCUUUCUCACAUGCCCACCUACACCAACCCAUCCCCUUGGCUAUAUAUGCCUGCCACUGCUUCCUCGGACUGGCAACCAGAAGAGGAGGCAUUUACAAUCUACACAAAUCACACAGAAGAGACGAGGUGGGAGAUGGCUUCCGUGAGGAAAGCUUCUUGGAUAGCGGCAGCGAGUGUGGGAGCAGUGGAAGCACUCAAAGAUCAAGGAGGACUCUGCAGAUGGAACUACGCUUUCAGAUCUCUGCACCAGCGUGCCAAGAACAAUAUGGGGUCCUUGUCUCAGGCCAUCAGGGUGUCUUCCUCCAUCUCCGAUAGAAGCAGUGAGAAAGCCAAGCAGUCGGAGGAAUCGUUGAGGAAGGUCAUGUACCUGAGCUGUUGGGGACCCAACUAGAUGGAAUGAGAGUGAUCCGAUCCCAAGCUGAGGGAAAUAUUUUGGGGUCAACUUUUUGUCACUCCCAACUCCUGUAAUUGUAUAGUUGCAAGUAUACCGAUCAGAUGUUUGAUUA